UACGUCUGAACAGCACCUGUCAUUCUUUCUUCAAAAUGCAGUUACAACUCGUUUUAUAAUGCUACGUUUAAAUGGAAGUAUUGGGGUAAAUCAAUCAUGUCUACGAUUCGAAAUCCAUGGAUGUAAACUAUCAGAUUCAAUAGAACUCUUUCCGAGUUUUAAAAGUAAUCGGGUGGCGAUAACAACGAACGCUUUGUAUGUCCAAAAGGCUGCAGUAAUAAUGUCUAUAGGCUAUCCUUUUCUGACAGGAAGUGGCUACAGUUAUACAUGGAUAAUAGAUUUUAAAUAUGAGCACUAUGUGAGACUAAUCUUCACAAACGUCACGUUAAACCAAAUAAAGCAAAAUAAUGACAAUGGUUGUGAAGAUAUGCUUGUUAUAGGGACACACUUACUUGAGCGAUUGAAGGGCGUUCAAAUCAAUACAAAUUUUAACGAAAGAAUAUUUAUUGUUGAAACAAAUAGGACUCUUGUUCUAGUCACCUUUCAGCCGUGCUUUAAUACAUUUAGGGGAAGUUCAUUUCGUGCAGUUGUUAAUCAAGAAGAUAUCCCAGCGUGUUUGUCCAUCGCUUCAAGUGUAGAUUGGAGCCGGGGCAGGAAUGAAGCGUGCACAAAUCCAGAAAUGAUACUUACGUCAAUGUCGAUAUUAAAUAUUCCAUUUGAAAAUUUUGAAGAAAGAUUUAAAAUUCAAGCUCGCAAUCAUCACGGAAUCCAGAUUGAAUUUAUAGACUUUUAUAUUGUCUGUCAAAGAGGAACAUCGGACAUUCGCUCAAAAUUCGCAAUGAUUGAAGGAAAUGGUAAAAAAGAAUACUGCAACGCAAAUAAACCUCCGAAGAUUGUCUACUCGGAGGAAAAUUAUAUCCAUAUUGUGUUUCGAAGAUAUGAUGAACCCAGCCAGAUUUUCUUAGGACGGGAAGGUUUUAGGUUGCAAUUCAGGACAAAAAGUUUUACGUUAGAAAAAUGGACGGAUACAAAUGUCAAUUCUCUGCAAAAAUCGAUGAGGGCUACACAAGUUUGUUCGAAGAAAUUCAGAAAGUGCUACACUGUAUUUCAAUCAUCAAUAUCCUGGUAUGAGGCAAGGUAUGUCUGCUGGCAACGGAAUGAGCAUCUUAUAACAAUACAAUCACAAAAAGAAUUACUGUAUAUAAAUUACCUUCUUCGAGAACAAAGAUACAAAGAUCAAAGAAAUGGCAUAUAUGAUUCAAAAAGUUUCAAGGCACACAUAGGGUUAUUGCGGAGCAUUGAUACGGAUAAAAAAAAUGGAUUUUAUUGGGUAAACAGUCAUGAAGUCACUUUUACUGCAUGGGCAGUUGGUCAGCCAUCAGUUGGAGACUGCACUCGGACAAACUUCCGGUCAUUUAAUACGGACAGAACAUGGGAGACAGAAGAUUGUAAAAAUGAACUUGCAGACUAUUUUAUCUGCCAGACUGAAGAAGAAAAAGGAAAAUUAAACGUUUUCAACAAAGGAAUGUGCAACUCAUUGUCAAAGAAAAACAAAAUUAAAAUCAGUUACUCCUACUCUGGAAAGGCUUGUCAAAGAUGGAGUAAUUUAACAGAAAAUAACCAUUUGAUAGUUGAUAAAGACAAGGAUUUAUUUAACAUAAAUUCUGAUUUUUGUGAAGACCCCUCUGACUCUGGAAUAUUUGGUUGCAAUGUGAAUAACACUGUGAUAUCGUGGGAACCAUGCUUCUUCUCACAAGCCGAUCCCGUGUCUGUGAUAACAGAGAGUUUUGGUGACCAUUUUUCAUGCAACUCUACGAGACGCCAUAUACCACUGGUGAAUAAAUGUGAUAAAUCGUUCCAUUGUGAAGACAAAACCGACGAAAUGAAUUGCACUAUGAACGAACAUGGCCUUGUGCAGGACGUUGAAUUGUUCCCGACAAUUUUUCCUGAGAGACUUGAGGAAGGAUCCUAUUUCCAAUGUGGAAGUAAGGAAUGGAUUUCAAUAGCUGCAAAAUGUGAUACUGUAAUAGACUGUUUAGAUGCAUCUGAUGAAAUUUAUUGUUUGCGAAAUAAUGCAGGAUGCAACAAAAACGAAUUUGCUUGUGCUGAUGGAAGCUGUAUAAAACAAGGUCAAGUCUGCGAUUUUAAACCAGAUUGCACUAAUGCAGAUGAUGAAUUCUGUGAGCUUCGGAAUUGUGGACUGAAUGAAUAUGUAUGCGAUAACAAGCAAUGUAUUCCUUACAACAAGAGUUGCGAUGCAGUGCCGCACUGUAUAGAUGGUAGCGACGAAAUAAAAUGUGCGUCUUGUAGAGACUCUUUCCAUUGCGAUGUUGAUAGAUGUAUAAGUAAUAUACUGGUUUGUGACAAAGUGCGUGACUGUCAAGACGGUAGUGACGAAAGUGAUUGUACGGAUAACCACGUUUUAACAUGCGGGGAUUUGUGGGAGAGAGGAUAUCAUGAGUCAGGUCAAUACCUUAUAGACGGUAUAAAUGUGUACUGUGACUAUAGAUUAACAGGAGUGACAUCUAGAUCAAUCACAAUGGAAAUCAAAAAUUUAGAUUGGGAUCCCAGAUAUGCUGCUAUACACACAUUUACUUCCGAGGAAACGUUUCCGUUGUAUUUAACUUUACGGGGUUUAUUCAACGAUUUGUUUUUUAGGAACAACAGUAUUUGCACGAUGGAUGUCCAAAGUACAUGUCACCUAUCAGAAUACGCUGCAUCAAUUUACGACUUGAAAUAUAAACAAGCUACUAAUAUAACUUGUCAAUGCUUAAUCGAGACAUUUAUGUUAGCCAACAUUACCUUUGGUGUCGAAGGACACUAUCGUAGCUUCGUUGGAAAGAAUUUAGGAAUUAGAAGUUUAGUAGACCACGAUACGGAGCACAAACAACUGGCAUCUUGCAAUGGAAAUGAAACGGUUCGUUAUGACCUUACCUUCUACGCAUUUAAUUUGGAUAAAAAUGUAUUAUAUGUUGAUCCAAGCGUGGCGGAGGGAACAGUUCCGAUUGACAUCAGAUUAAACCAGAUUUCGUGCGCUUAUAAUUACUCCGUGGCAAUUGAUGAAGACUUUUAUGAUUGCAACGGAGAUAACACGAAGAUAAGAAAAUCUCAAUUGUGUAUAUAUGAUGAAGAUGCAACAGGUUAUAUAAUAGGAUGUAGGUCGGGGAUGCAUCUGCAAAAUUGCGACGACUUUGACUGUCCUAGAAAUACAGUAAAAUGUCCAAAUAGUUACUGUAUUUCCCUAAGGUUUGUUUGUGAUGGGAGGUUCCAGUGCCCUGGUGGGCAAGAUGAACAUAAUUGUACAUGUGACAGUAAAGAUAGAGACAUCAUUAUAAUGAUAGAGGAUACAAAGAGACCGACACAUAGUCAAACAGCCGCUGAACUAUUGGCCAAGCAAUUUUCGUCUGGAAACAGUGAAGUUAGGUUACUGUAUUUUAAAGGGAAACCCAGAAUACACAAAUUUCCUCUUAUACACCGACUUUUAGAAAUACGUGAAAAGUAUAUGUUGGACUUCGACGCAAUAAGUUCUGACUGUACCUAUAAAACAAUGGCUCGUAAUAUACUUCCAUCUUUACAAUUUUCAAAACGAGAAACGAAGGCUAUCGUAUUCAUAGAAGAUAGCAUAGAGUCAUCUACUGUCGCUAAGAUCAUGUUUUCUAAUAUAUCUAAUCAAGCUUUCAAAAUGUAUCGUGUCAUUAAAAACUUCAGUUAUUCAGUUGACAAUAAAAGAACAUAUGAUUCUGUGAAUGAUGUUCGCAUUUCCAGAUGGAAUGCAUUACAUGCUGUAGGAUAUAGGCUUUUCCCAGAAAUAUGCAAAGAAGCGUCAUAUGUGCCAUGUGCUGGUGGAUUUAGAUGUUACUCCAGUAAGCAAUGUAUCCCGCUGAACCAAGUAUGUGACGGAAUAGCUCAAUGUAUCAAUCGCGACGAUGAACACAUGUGCGAUUUUGAAUGUCAUCAAAAAUGCAAGUGUGGAGGCGGAGUUGUGGAAUGUCGAGAGGUUAAUUUAACUAUUUUAGAGAUACAUGCUCUGUCAAGAAGAACCCGAAGUGCAGACCUAAGUCAUAACAUUAGAAUCAAGGAUGUUUUAUCCACGGAAAAUCUUCAUUUUCCUUUCAUGUUGAAUUUAGAUGUCUCAUAUUGUAAUAUAGAACUUGUAAGCAAUAUGGCAUUUUCAGACAUAAAUAAUUUAUUGAAACUCAACUUGAGCUACAAUUUUAUAAAAGCACUUGCGAAUAAUGUGUUUGGAGAUCUUCGUCAUCUCGUCGAGCUAGAUCUCGAUGGAAAUUCCGAAUUAAUGGAGAUAUCUUCUUUAGCAUUUCAAGGUUUACAAAGUAUUAAAGCAUUAAGAAUAUCGGGAACUAAACUGAAGAAAAUUUCAACACUUACAUUCUCAAAUUUGAAAUUGCAAACUAUUGAUAUAUCAAACAACAACAUUCUUGAAAUUGAAAAUUACGCAUUUAGCAAUACAUCUGUUAAUAAGAUUAACUUUGAAGGUAACAAAAUAAUCAAAUUUCAUAAGCUCAUUUUUAAAGAUGUUUUUUCACUAAACGAAUUACGUACACCGGCGUAUAAAUUUUGCUGCAUACGUCCGUGUUACGUCAAAGAAAGAAACUGUUAUCCUCCAAAAAAUGAGUUUUCUUCUUGCGAUGACCUGAUGAGACAUCCAAUUCUGCAGGCAGUUUUAUGGCUGGUCGGGCUAGCUUCAUUAUUCGGAAAUCUCGGAUCAAUUGUUUAUCGAAUUGUGUACGACAGACAAAGACUAAAGAUAGGUUAUGGAAUAUUUGUGACGAAUUUGGCAUCCGCUGAUUUCUUAAUGGGUGUAUAUCUUAUAGUGAUAGCAUGUGUUGAUUCCGUUUAUCGAAGCAGGUAUAUUUACAUGGAUGACCAAUGGAGAAACAGCAUAUGGUGUACCCUGACCGGAUUUUUGUCAACCGUCUCUUCUGAAGCAAGCGUCUUUUUCUUGUGUCUUAUAACAAUUGAUAGACUUCUUGUAAUCAAAUAUCCUUUUGGACACGUAAGGUUUACACCAAAGAGCGCGCAUAUUUGCUGUUGCAUUUGCUGGUUAAUUGCAACAACUCUGGCGGCUAUUCCUAUUUUUUACACAAGCUAUUUCAAAAACAAGUUCUACUCCAGAUCUGGAGUAUGCAUUGCACUACCUUUGUCACGUGAUAAACCUCCGGGCUGGAUGUAUUCCGUGUCAAUAUUUGUCGGCUUAAAUUUCGGAACCUUUAUCCUUGUUGCAUUUGGUCAGUUGUCAAUCUUUUUGGAACUUCGAAAAUCUAGCAUGGGUGUCAAGAAAACACAGCAAUCAAGAAAAAGGGAUCUGCAAGUAGCCAAAAAUCUAAUCCUUGUUGCAACAACCGAUUUCCUUUGCUGGUUCCCAAUAGGACUAAUGGGGAUUAUUUCAUUGAAUGGAUACUCAAUCUCUGGUGAUGUUUAUGCAUGGACAGCAGUGUUCAUACUUCCUUUGAACUCGGCGUUAAAUCCUUUUCUAUACACACUUUCGGCCAUAAUUGGGAAAAAGACUUUUAAUCCAAGUAUAGAGGAGCAGAGCAGAAUUGAAAUUGAAAGAGAAAGAGGUUCGGCUAUCUUGCAGUACACAGAUGUAAGUCGAUCGGUUAGAACUAAACGAGAACUUGUGCCAGGUGGGAAGACAAGAAAGAUCAAGGAUGUUCUUGAUGAAAACAUGUCUGUAGCAAGUGUAACUGCAAUAUCUUAUCAACUUGCCAAUUAUCUAGAUCUUCUACAUAAUUCAUCUAUUACCGUUGAGAAUCUUUCAGAAACCAACACUUUUAUCCGAUACAGAAACAAAAAGGCAAAAAGACCAAUUAUUGUUCUGGAUACGAAAAUGACCCUUGUGGACGACGAUAAAAAGAAAGCGGAGAAUAUAUAUCAAUAUGGAUGUCUGCUUCGAAAGAUGGUCGCAAGAUGCAAAACGAAAGACUAAAACGCUUCCGAACAAGUUCAAAAAUACAAAAACGUGUGUAUAUUGUUUGUAAGAAAGAUAUAUUUGAAUAACAUGUAAAGGUCUGUUGAAUGAAGUAUAGAAGUAUACUUAAUAUUGAAGAUUAAGGAAAUGAAAUAAAAGAACCUUUCCUAAAAAAUCAAAUAAAGCUAACACUAAGUGUGCGAGCUAUCAUGACAUGCUGUAUAGUGCUGACAAAUGUAGAAAAAAAACUUAUUGUUUUAAGAUUAUUGUUAGUAAACGUGUUGUUUAAGUUGUCUUGUUGUUAUAAACGUAGUUAGUAUUGUUGCUCGUAUUCUUAUUUUUGAUUAUUCUAAACCAUGUUGUUGUGAGUAUUUAUUACUACUAAUGGUGUCACAGACUGAUCAUAGUUCAAGUCUUUAAGGUGUCAUUAUUUUGUUCGUUUUAUAGUGACGGUUCUUGCGUGCUUGAAAAGAUCUCAUAUGUCCGUUUAUCUAAAUAAUCUAUUCGCCUACAUGAUUUUACUAUUAACGAUAAUGUGUGUUUGUAUUAUUGGAUUAUUCGUAAUGUAAAUUUACUUAAUAGUUUUUUUUUUGUAUUUAUUGUCUGUGUUUAUUUUAUUUUUUUUUGUUUGUUGUUGAUAUAAAAUAUUUAAAGGAAAAUUUUGAUGACACUUUAUUAUCACUGUAUAAAUUAGGGUCACGUAACUUAUUUAAUAUUUGUUUUAAGUCUUUGUUCGUUUGUUUUUAUUUUUACAGUUUCCCUUUUUAUAAUAAUAUACAUCAAGGUCUUCUAACUGAUCCUGAUAUUGAAUUUAUAGGUUAGAUAAAUAAAAGUUAAGGUCGUUGACUUCAAACCACUUGCCCCUGACCGCUGUGGGUUCGAAUCUCGACAGGGACUUUGGGUUCUUUCAUGUAAGAAAGCUAUCCAGCGUGCUUCCGGAACGUCGGUGGUUCUACUCAGGUGCCCGUCCGUGCCUGAAAUAAUGCAAGGAAGGGCACCGGAGGUCUUCCUCCACCAGUAAAGCUGGAACGUCGCUAAAUGACCUACACUGUGUCGGUGUGACGUUAAGAACCCAAACAAAUGUAAGUUAUUCGUUGACAUUAUAAAUUAUUUUAGUAUAGAAUAUGUCCUAAGAUUUAAAAUAUCGACUCAAAGUUUCCAAUUUUAGGGCAGAUAAUUCAAAGUUAGCUCGAUGACCUACAUUGUGUACGCUUAAAAUGUUUCUGUUGUUUUAUUUUAUAUAUAUAUAUUCUAAGAUCAUACCAUGUUUAAACAAUUUCUUUUAUGCAGCUUUCGUUUUUUAUCAUUAUGAAACUAUUGCAUGCCCCUAUAAUAAUCUUAUUAUGUUUUGUAAAUUAGUUUUGUUUUAUUGUGAAUUCUUAGUAGCGAUUUGACAAAUAUACUUUGCUUACUGAUGUAAAUAUUUUACCUUUGUCUCCUCCGACACUCUAGCUGGGCUCAAGUCGUUAUGUGAUUCUGACUUACAACCGAACACAGCUACACGGUUGGUUGUCUGUUGUCCAUCGCCAGACCACCAUUUACAAUUGUUUAAAAUUAAACUUUCUCUUUAAACACAUGGCAUAAAUUUAUUAAACCCACCUAUAUUCCUUGAAAGAGGCUCUGCCAAAGUGUUUCGGAAAAUGAUUCCGGUUUAUUGCAUUUCUGGGUCACAGACAAUAAAAAUGGAUUUUGUAAGUGAUACUUUUGAAAAUCUUCUUCUCCAAAACCAACAAGACAUAAAGCUUAAGCUUUAUAGUUUGUUCACUUAUUAAACCUAGAGUUGACGCUGACGUCGCUUGAUGGUCGCUUAAAUUUACACAGCCUCAUACCUCUUGUCAAUAACUGGGAGGCCUAGAGCUUAGAUAUGUCGAAUGUAUUAUUGCGCAGUAGACCAAUACCACUAGUCUUUUACACAAA